AGCGAAAUUACUAUCUGCUGAUCACGCCACUCGCAAUAGCUCGUCGCGGCGCGUUCCGAUUCUGUCGCGUUGCUCGCGUUCAGAUGAUGGGGUAUCCGAUUUCCAUUCGAUUCCUCCAUUUGUCGGCGAGGUAGAGUGUUUAUUUACUGACUCAAGUGUUUGGACAGAUUCGGGCCACCUCCUCUCUGUCGUCACGUCGCACAGCUACAAAAGCUAUGGAGGAAACGAAUGCAGUCGAAACCGGCCAGAAAAGCGGAUCGGAUAGCGUUGUGGACGCAAAAUGAAGGUCUUGAACGCGCUCGUGUGUGCCAGGCGUGCGGCGGUGGGGCGAUGCGGACUGUGCACUCAGCAUCAGCCCACCUUUGGAUUGUUGUUUGACAUUGAUGGAGUCUUGGUUCGAGGAAAGACCCCGAUCCCAGCAGCAAAGAGAGCCUUCCAGAAGCUGGUGGAUUCAAAAGGGCAGUUUUUGGUUCCCGUCGUCUUUGUCACAAAUGCUGGCAACUGUUUACGGCAGAAGAAGGCAGAUCAGCUGUCUCACAUACUGGGUGUUCAUAUAUUGCAAGAUCAAGUCAUGAUGUCUCACAGCCCUUUGAGGAUGUUCAAGAAAUACCAUGACAAGUGUGUGCUGGUAUCUGGACAAGGUCCUGUGCUUGACAUUGCCAAAAAUGUGGGCUUUACAAAUGUGGUCAGCGUUGAUAUGUUAAGAGAGUCAUUCCCCCUGCUGGACAUGGUGGAUCACAACAGACGUCCAAAACUACCGUCUUCACCUGUGGUGAACCUCCCUAGAGUUGAAGCUGUGGUUCUGUUUGGGGAGCCCAUACGAUGGGAAACAAACUUACAGCUCAUCAUAGACGUCCUUCUUACCCAUGGGAAUCUUAGCGAUGUGUAUGAAAGCACACAUUCUCCUCAUCUGCCACUCUUAGCCUGUAAUAUGGAUCUAAUGUGGAUGGCAGAAGCGCAUUCACCAAGAUUUGGGCACGGCACUUUCAUGGUGUGUUUGGAGAGCAUUUAUAAGAAGGUCACUGGUAAAGAUCUGAAGUAUGAGGCACUUAUGGGAAAACCCAGUGAACUGACGUACCAUUUUGCUGAGUAUCUGAUUAGGGAACAAGCUGCACAGAGAGGCUGGAGAGAACCAAUCAGAUCCCUCUAUGCUGUCGGGGAUAACCUUAUGACGGAUAUUUAUGGUGCCAACCUCUACAACCGCUACCUCGAAGAACGGACCACUAACAAGACCACAAAAGCAGUAGCAAAGGUGGGGACAGGCACACAAGUCCCCACCACGGUCACUCAGGAAGUGGAUAUGAACAAUGUUUGGGAAAGUGAGCUUGCUUCACCCUCUGCCACUUCCUGCAAAUCCAUUCUGGUUUGCACAGGAGUCUACAACCCCCAUUUGGAGUUGCCUAAAGAUUCAAACCAGUGCAUCAAAGAGACAGUUUUCCACGGGCAUCGUGAUUUCCGCUUCGACCCUGCUUUGGUCGAGCCAGAAAAAAUUGUUCAGGAUGUGGACGCUGCGGUUGAACUUAUUUUUGAGAUUGAAAAGUCUGGGAAAGCAUAGUUAAUAUACCAAUGUUUUGACAAAUUUUGCCAUGUUUGGUACUAUAGUGUCAGCUACCCAACAUUUUCAUUUUUAAAACCUUUUACAAAAUAAACACAAUUCAGAACUGAGGCAACAGGAGGAAACAUUCAAGAUCCUGUGGCAUUUAGUUUUGUUAAAGGGGUGGUCCAAUGGUAUUUCAUGCAUUCUGACUAAUUAACACUGUUUACGAGUUGUUUCCUCAUGCUAAACGUAGGCAAAGUGUCAAAAAAGCAGUUGGGCAUAUUAGAGUAUUUCUGUGCCGAAUGCACUUCACCAGGGUUCAUACAAGUUUCGGAAAGUUUUUUUCGAUUACGGGUCCAGCUGAUGUUUCAGGGGUUUCUAUACGCAUCACAUAUUUUUAUGGGCACAUCCCCCGGAAAACCCCGCCCACCCAUCAAUCAGCGGGAGACGCUAGAACUUACAAACAGCACAUUAUGCUACAGCAUUGUAUAAUUUUAAAACUCAACAAUAGCAUGAAUUAAGAAGUCUGUUUUUGGAUGUAAGGAGAAGAAAGCCAGUCUUAUGGAAACAAUGGAUAUAUAGUUUUUCCGGGGUAGCAGCGGAGUUUUGCGUGUGUAUUUUUUGCGGUGGAUUUUCCCAACCGGGACAUGACGAGUUCCACGCGGUAAGUAAGACUUCUGUCUUAUGUUGGAAAUAGUCGCGUGCAUAUUAUAUAAAUGACACAAACAUGUAGUGAAUCAUAAGUUAAACAGUGUUGUAUAGUGUUGCAUGACUCGUACUCACUCCUCCCGCGGUAGUACCUCCACCUUCUUCAUUUUUCCGUACGUUAUCGUAAAGAAUCUGUAAAGCUUUCUUUUGUAAUCUUUCUUUUAUAAAUCUUAUUAAACUAAAGACUCUCCGGAGAUAUAAAGGAUGUUAUACUACUCUAUAGGUACUCCAGAUUAACAUCAGAUAUACAGAGUGUGUUACGUGAUUUUUAAAUGUUUCGUGUGCCAACAGUAUUAAAUUCAGCACAUUUUAGUUUGCCAGUACUCCAUAGGAACAGAAGAUGCAUAUCUAACAACAGCAAGAGAUAAACCACACAGUAAGAGGGGGUGUUUAUGGCACUAAGUACCGGCUCCAUCUGAAAGCAGGUGAUGGCGAUUUACUGCUAAGGAACCUUUGCCUGAAGUAUAUUUUAUUGUGGUAUACUCCAUUUGCUAUUACUAUACCUUUAUUUUACUGAACAGUAAGUUUAUAUUAUUAUGGUCUUAUUAUAUUACAGUAACUUAUUGUAAGUUUUAAUUGUUUUAUUGUACUGAUUCUAUAUUAAGGUCUACCAUUGUCUGUAGAUUCAUUUGUAAGACUGUUGUACUGCAGAUGAAUUAAACAAGUUAUGUUAAAUGUGUUGUGCCAGUGUUCAUGUUUAGAAAUCAAUUUAGAGUUUAAAGUGUACUGAACAGUGUUAUAGCAGUAAGUGUUACAUCCUUCAGCGGGUUUUUUUCCUAAGACAAUUAGUUUUUUAUUUUAUUAUUGUUACAUUAUGUUUGUUAUAUUUUUAUUGAGAUCAGAACAAUACUAAUUUGCACUGAGAGACAAAAUAGCCCCACAGUCUUAAUAAAAAUGUUAAUAAAAGUCUAUUACUUGAA